AUGACACCAGAAGAUCCCCAAUAUAAUCGAUUCAUUGGCUACCACGCAACAGGAUUCAUCUUCCGCGUCAUCCUAGCAGAAACCAUCAACCAAACAAACUACACCUCCAUAACCCGAAGCUUCUCCUACAUCUCCCAAACCCCUCUCCUAAAUCAAACAACACAAUACGUGCAAAGCAAUUUCAUAGACGCCCUGCAGGACGCUUUCGCACGCCAAGUUCUCUCCUUGACGACAGACACAUCUUUCUACCAAGCACUCAACAUCUCAGCACCCUCUCUUACUCCCCUACUCAAUCGCUAUGGGACUUACACUUCUCGCCGUAUUCGAAGGGAUCUGGGCGUUCAAAAAGAAUGGGUAUGCAACGGAUACACAUUUCAGUACCCUGUUAGCGACGACGCGGAAUGGGAAUCUGGAUCGGAUUACGGAGGGCUAUUCAUUGGGACAGGCGCCGAGACAUAA